CGACUCAAGUAAAAAACAAAAAAAAAAAAAAAAAAAGGAAAAAGGAAGAGAGAGAGAGAGUAGGAGUAUAUAAAGAUAAUGACGUGGUUUCUCUUAGUCUCUAUCUCUUUUUUACAAAGCCUCUCAAUCUUCGCCUGUUCAGAUCCGAGUUUGGGAGAAACAGCCUCCCAAAGUUAACCAACAAAGCACUCUACUUUCGCUUCUUCAGUUACCAAUCUCUUUCGCUCAAGUCAUGGCAGGAUCCGCACCAGAAGGCACACAGUUUGAUGCUCGUCAGUUCGACCAGAAGCUAAACGAAGUUCUCGAGGGACAGGACGAGUUCUUCACCUCUUACGAUGAGGUUCACGACAGCUUUGACGCCAUGGGCCUUCAAGAGAAUCUCCUCAGGGGUAUCUACGCUUACGGUUUCGAGAAGCCUUCUGCAAUCCAGCAAAGAGGAAUCGUCCCUUUCUGCCAAGGCCUCGACGUGAUCCAACAGGCCCAGUCCGGAACCGGCAAAACCGCGACUUUCUGCUCCGGCGUCCUCCAGCAGCUAGACUUCACCCUUGUCCAGUGCCAGGCCCUCGUCCUCGCCCCGACCAGAGAGCUCGCCCAGCAGAUCGAAAAGGUCAUGAGAGCCCUCGGUGACUACCUCGGCGUCAAGGUCCACGCCUGCGUCGGCGGAACGAGCGUCCGGGAGGAUCAGCGCAUCCUCCAAGCCGGCGUCCAUGUCGUCGUCGGCACCCCGGGCCGCGUCUUCGACAUGCUGAAGCGUCAGUCCCUCCGCGCCGACAGCAUCAAGAUGUUCGUCCUGGACGAGGCCGACGAGAUGCUCUCCCGCGGGUUCAAGGACCAGAUCUACGACAUCUUCCAGCUCCUCCCGCCGAAAAUCCAGGUCGGAGUGUUCUCGGCGACAAUGCCACCAGAGGCUCUCGAGAUCACGAGGAAGUUCAUGAGCAAGCCGGUGAGGAUCCUGGUGAAGCGCGACGAGCUAACCUUGGAAGGUAUCAAGCAGUUCUACGUCAACGUAGAGAAGGAGGACUGGAAGCUCGAGACGCUCUGCGACCUCUACGAGACUCUGGCCAUCACUCAGAGCGUCAUCUUCGUGAACACUAGGCGUAAGGUUGACUGGUUAACCGAUAAAAUGAGGGGGCGUGACCACACGGUCUCGGCCACUCACGGAGACAUGGACCAGAACACGAGAGACAUUAUCAUGAGGGAGUUCAGGUCCGGCUCCUCGCGCGUGCUGAUCACCACCGAUCUGUUAGCGCGUGGUAUCGAUGUUCAGCAGGUGUCGUUGGUGAUUAACUACGAUUUGCCGACUCAGCCGGAGAAUUACCUCCACCGUAUCGGAAGGAGUGGGAGGUUUGGGAGGAAAGGUGUGGCGAUUAACUUUGUGACGAAGGAUGAUGAGAGGAUGUUGUUUGAUAUUCAGAAGUUUUAUAAUGUUGUUGUUGAGGAGCUGCCUUCUAACGUUGCUGAUCUGCUGUGAGAGGGAGAAGAAGUUCGCCGACGUCACCGGAGAAGAAAGGUUUUUUCUUUGUUUUGAAAGGGCACAACAACUACUCUUUUGAUUUGAUUGUCUUUCUUCCGACCAUUUUUAUUCUAUAUUUAAGAUCAUUAUGGAGUAUUUAUUUCUGGUUUGUUGUUUGUCUUUGUAUCAGUCAAAUCUUUUCAUGCAAGUUUUGUUUUCAAAACGUGUUUUACUUUAUUAAUAUCCUUUUUAACAUAA